AUUCCUGCCCGGGGAGGAGAUGGGUACAUGGUGCCGGGGGGAGGGGCGGGAGCCGCAUCAUCUAACAGGUUGGUCUGGCUGGGAGGGGAGGCGUCCCGCCCUCGUGGAGCUAAUGAGCACUGUGCGACAGGUGUCUGCUCCUCAGUCCCCAGCCUGCCCUGCCUGCGACGGGAGCAAGCCACUGCCACCCCACAAAGGCUCGCUCGCCGGUCCCUGCGCCCUGCGCGCUCUGGGACCCGGGGGCUGCGAUGGCCUGCCGCUCCUGCGUCGUUGGCUUCAGCAGCCUGAGCAGCUGUGAGGUGACCCCGGCAGGCAGCCCCCAACCUGCGACCGCCGGAUGGAGCAGCUGCGGGGCCCCCGAGCCGGGCUUCAGCUCCCACAGCCUCACAGGCUGCUGGGCAGACAGCACCGUCCCCAAGGUGACCGUGAACCCCAGCCUGCUGGUACCCCUGGAUCUCAAGGUGGACCCAGCCAUCCAGCAGCAGAAGAACAACGAGAAGGAGGAAAUGAAGGUCCUCAACGAUAAAUUCGCCUCCCUGAUUGGCAAGGUGCAAGCCCUGGAGCAGCGCAACCAGCUGCUGGAGACCCGCUGGCACUUCCUGCAGAGCCAGGACUCGGCCACCUUUGACCUUGGGCACCUCUACGAGGAGUACCAAGGCCGGCUGCAGGAGGAGCUGCGCAAAGUGAGCAAGGAGCGGGGCCAGCUCGAGGCCAACCUGCUGCAGGUGCUAGAGAAGGUGGAAGAGUUCCGGAUCAGGUAUGAGGACGAGAUCUCCAAGCGCACGGACAUGGAGUUCACCUUCGUCCAGCUGAAGAAGGACCUGGAUGCAGAAUGUCUUCGACGGACAGAACUGGAGACCAAGUUAAAAGGCCUGCAGAGCUUUGUGGAGCUGAUGAAAAGCAUCUAUGAGCAGGAGCUGAAGGACCUGGCAGCCCAGUUGAAGGAUGUGUCAGUGACCGUGGGUAUGGACAGCCGCUGCCACAUCGACCUGAGUGGCAUCGUGGAGGAAGUGAAGGCCCAAUAUGAUGCCAUCGCGGCUCGCAGCCUGGAGGAGGCCGAGGCGUACUCCCGGAGCCAGCUGGAGGAACGGGCUGCCUGUUCGGCCGAGUUUGGGAACAGCCUCCAGAGCAGCCGCAGUGAGAUUGCUGACCUCAACGUUCGCAUCCAGAAGCUCCGAUCGCAGAUCCUCUCCAUCAAGAGCCACUGCCUGAAACUGGAGGAGAAUAUCAAAGUGGCCGAGGAACAGGGUGAGCUGGCCUUUCAGGAUGCCAAGGCCAAGUUAGCCCAGCUGGAGGAUGCUCUGCAGCAGGCCAAGAAGGACAUGGCACGGCAGCUGCGCGAAUACCAGGAGCUCAUGAACACCAAGCUGGCCCUGGACAUCGAGAUCGCCACCUACCGCAAGCUGAUGGAGGGCGAGGAGAGCCGGAUGGACAUGCCCUCAGCCACUGUGGUCAGCGCUGUGCAGGCCAGAUGCAGAACUGCCCCUACCCUGCCCCACCCCUUAUGUUCCCUGUAGCUGUCUCCAAGCCCGGCCUCUCAAGAGCUCCCUCUCGGAAAAAGAAGAACAAGAAAGGCCCUGUAAUCAAAAUCACCGAAAUGUCAGAAAAGUUCCUCUCGCAGGAGUCAGAGGUCUCAGAGUAAGGCCACUGUCCACACCCCAGGAGCCCCAGGCCACUCCCCUGCAGCAGCAAGGACAUAAGCUAGACUCCAGAAAGCAGCCUGGAGCCUCUAGGUUGGGAAGGAGGCAAACCUGAUCCUGAAUGGAGAAGAGGGUUGAAAACAGUGACUGCUUUUUUGCGAGAAUGGGACAGGACUGUCACCAGUUACUCAAAGUCACUCGGCUCCAUAUCAAUAUCUCACAGUCCAGCCUUCCAAUAUCUGAGAGGUCUUCCUGCCUGGGUAAAUUGGAAUUGGGGUUUUGCCUCCACCUCCUCGCACAACAGGGGGCUCUAACCAAGCUGCCUUUGACCCUUUGCCCAACCCUUGCCCUAAACUCACAUCUCAAGUCUUGCGUUGCCUCUGACUAGGAACCAAAGUGAGUGCCCUCACUCCCCUAGCCCCGGCUAGCCUCGGACCAAGGGCUGGUGGGGACUACGUGGGCACCCUCCACUAUCCAGAGUUCCUGGGGAGGCACCUGGCUUUCCUGCACCACCUGGGCUUCCCGGAGACCUGACAGUAUUAGGGAGUGAGGGGAGGAGGCUCCCUGGGUGUUUGGGACCUGAGCCCAGAACUCUGAGAUCAGCCCAGACCCCCAUGCCCCUCCUCUCCUCCUGUGAGUCCCUCCCAGCAGGUCAUGGUCAGAACUGGACAGCUGUCCAGCCAGCUCCCAAGCACUUUUUCUAGAAGCUUUUCUUGCCAUGACAAACUCCCUGAUGGGGGAAGUGGGAAGUGGGGGAGACCAGGCAGGAGAACUAGACCCUCCUUUCUCCUUUUUGUCAUCGUGGGGUUCACCACCCUGCCUGGGGUCUGAGCUCUCUGCCUCCCAUCCAGAUGCUUCCUAGCCUGAAACCUGGUUUGGGUAUGCACCAGACCCUGGAGACUCCUCUUGCCACCCUUGCCAUGAAACUCCAGGCCCAUUUCCCAUGAGUCCCACUCCUGAGGGUCUCCAUUCCCUCUAUCAGGCCAAGCAGCCUGGCCCUCCCCUCCCCUGCACCCACACUUGUGGAUCAGAGGUCCUUCCCGUCUUCCUCCUCCACGUCUGCCCCUCUGCUGCCAACAGGGUCAUGAAGAAGGCACUGUCCGCUCAGGUCUGGGAACUUCUGAGCCCUUGAGGUCAGGUUGGGGGGCCCCAGUGACUAACUAAAGAGAAAUUCUGCAGCAGCAAUCCAACAAGAAAGUUUGGGGCUUAGAGGAACGCUCCUCUUUCAUCCUCUUGGCUCUCGCCUUCAGGGCCUUACAGGGAAUCUGGCAGCUCCACCUUCCCACCCCGUAAGCCACCUUCUCUUCCUCCCUUUCCUCUCCCUACCGCCCCCUUGCCUCACCUCCUCUGCUGGACCCAGUCUUUGAUUCAUUCAUCUCAUUUUCCAGGACCGGGUGGCCCAAGGACCUGGCGGCCCAAGGACCUGGCCCCCUUCUAGGCCAGAAGGUCCUCCAGGCCUGUUGGGGGCGCUGAAGGGCUAUGGACGCUCAGGCCAGAAAGAACUCAGAUAUAUACUUAUCCCUAAAGUUUCAAAAGGGUGCUGAUUGCUGCUUUUUCUCCACCUAUUUAUUGGUUUCCAUGGGAGCAAGUCCUCAAUGGGGAUAUACGAUAUUAAAAGUAUAUAUAUUAUUUUUUCAUAACUUAUAUAGCUUUUAACUUAUUGCUUCCCUUCCUGUUUCUGCAUAAUCAAUGCUAUAUAUUAUACUACCUGGAGAGACAGCACAUGUUCUAGCCAACCCACCCCACUGGCUGACUUCUUGGGGGUAAUGCCCCCUUCUCCCUGCAAAGGGAUGAAAUAAAGUGCUGAGAUUGUUCAUGGAUAGA